AUCUUUCUCACUCACUCCCCUCCCACCCUACCCUGCCUCACAUCCCUUCUAGGGUUUCACAAAGCCCUUCUUUUUACGUCUAGACUCUGCCAUUGCCUCGACUCUCCUUAGGGUGUAGGGAGAGCAGGAGGAACCGUGCAGUCUCUCGUGUUACCAGCUUCGCUAAGCGUCGCUAGGACUCACCAUCAUGGCCCACGCCAUGGCUUCCGUGUCGGGAGCAGCUCUCUCUGUGGAGAAGCUCUCCCUCUCCUCCGCCUCCUCCCUCUCCAUGUCUCGCUCCUCCUUCGUCUCCUCCCCCGCUCUCAUCCCCUGCCGGCCAGUCGCUCGCUCCGCGAAAUGCGGUCCGUCGUUCGCGGUGGUGGCGCAGGCCGUAGCGGAUGUCGCGGCGCCUGUUGCGGAGUCGCAGCGGCCGACCGGGCUUCUGGCGGGAUCGGAUCCCGCGUGGAAGCUAGGGACGGCGGAUAAGGCGCGUCUUAAGACGUACUAUGAGACCGCCGUGGUUCCCGCGAUGCAGGCGGAGUUUGGAUACGGGAACCCCCAGGAGGUGCCACGUGUCGAGAAGGUGGUGGUGAACUGCGGCAUCGGCGACGCAUCGCAGAGCGCUAAGACCCUCGACAGCGCAGCCAAGGACCUGGCGUCGGUGACGGGGCAGCGGCCCGUGGUGACGCGCGCGCGGAAGGCCAUUGCCGGGUUCAAGCUGCGCGCGGGUGUGCCGGUCGGCAUGGCGACCACUCUCCGCGGUCAGAUCAUGUAUGCCUACCUAGACCGCCUCAUCAACCUGGCUCUGCCCCGCAUGCGCGACUUCCGCGGCGUGUCCCGCGGCGGGUUCGAUGGGCGUGGCAACUACUCCAUGGGGCUUGCCGAGCAGACGCUCUACCCGGAGAUCCGAUUCGACGAGAUCGACAAGACACGUGGCAUGGACAUUUCCAUUGUCACCACGGCUAAGACGGACGCAGAGGCUCAGAGGCUGCUGGAGCUUCUUGGGGUGCCGUUUAGGGAAGGCCCGGUGCCUGUGAAGGAGAAGUCGAAGGGGAAGGGCCGGGGGCGUGGGCGCGGCGGGAAGCAGCAGCAGAAGAGCAAGAAGAGGUAGAGCGCAGUGUGGUGUGGUUCUUGAAGUGUUUGAUUUCAAGAUUGAUGUAGGUUUUUAUUUGUUAAAGUACAGGUGGUCCAACUGAUGGAAUUUGCAACAGCAUCCCAGCUUCACACGUACAUUAAUAUCACGCACCACUUGUGAAUGAUCAUUGUAAUCGACGUUUCCAAUCA